AUGACAUCAACAUCCUCACUACUUCAUGCCAGCAUGGAGGUCCCCGUAGGUGAGGACCUCGAAAUGGCUUCGCCCUAUCAGGGCCAAGUCGAUGAUUUUGAUAUCGAUAUCGACCUCAUGGACGACCAUGCCUCCAACAUGGAUAGUGACAUGAUGGGUGCCGAUGAAUUUCCCAACACCUCCCAACCCUCCCUCUUCCAAAACGAUGUAACAUAUGAUGCCGAUAUGGUCGAUGAACCCUCUGAGGGGUCCAUGGUGGAUACCGAAAACAUGGCCGAUGAAGACCAUGAUAUCGACGUUCAGUACGAAGUUACCUACGAAGCAGAGAUGGUAGAAGGUGAUCAUAGCCAAGAUCAACCGGUGGAUUUUUCUCUGUCUAUCGCUCCUAUUGAAGCUAUUCCGACUGCUGAAGUCCAGAUCAAUGAGCCACAGGUACCCGCCCCAGAAACUGCGACAGAGGUCAGCGAGAAGGUUCAGGAGGUUCAGGCUGUAUCGCCCGUAGUUACCUCUUCUGAGAACCCUCAAGAGGAGCAUAUCAGCCACGAGACCCACCACGAGAAAAAUACCUCAGUGCAAGACAACCAGUCUGGACUUGAUAAGAUUGAGCCAGCUCAGUCUCAUCAAAGUUUUGACGCGGGUGUCGAUCAGGUUCCAACCGAGGCUGGUGAGCAAACUAACCAAACUACUGUGGUCGAACCGGUUGAGCCGAAUGAGCCGGUUGAACAUUCGAUCUCGGAUGAUCAUCCUGUUCCCAACCCCUUGGCAGAUGAUUCGGGAGCCUCCAAGGCCUAUCUGCCCGAAACUGAUGCUGUAAUUGCUGCGCAGCAUGAGACCCAUGUGUCCGAAAAUGGUCCUGUCACUUUUGAUGAAGAGGUUCUCCACCCCAUCAAAGUCAUUUAUGAGGACAGCGAGAUUUCUCUGUUUCCACCUUUAGAGGGUGAUUCGGCUGAGACUUUCUUCCUCCAUGAUGAAAGUCUGGCCUAUGAAGGUGUUGGUAAAUUAUUCAGCUCUCUGCGCGAAGUUCUCUUGGAUAAUGUUACCGAGGAUGAUGUUCUUGUUCUUGAUAUCGAUUGUCUUGGUAUCCAAAUAACAGAGGACUCCUUGCACACAUCCAAAGUCACUUUGCAUCAGAUCCUGGAGAUUUACCUUCGCCUUUGCCACAAUGAUGGCAAUCAUGAACCGGACGAUUUCUAUCUUAGUCUUUCCAGUAGACCUUCUCUUCCAAAUGAGUUAGCAAGUCUUGAUGCUGGUUCCAAGGAAGGCAAAGGUCUAUCCCAAGUGCAACUAUGGGCUGAUUAUAGCCAGGCGGAUGUUGCUGCGGAGGAGACUGCUGCCGCUGGAGAAAAGUCUGCUGCUGAAUCACAUGUUCAAGAUGCCGAGCAAGAUCAGUCAGCCGAUGCACAAGGCUUGUCAGGUGAUCAGGUCACUAGUAAAGUUCAAUACUCCACCGAAUUGAAUGAAGUGACAGCUACAGUAAUAGAAGGCGAUAACGAUACCACCGUUCAGCAUGAUGUUGAGCCUGAUUUUGAGUUCUUGCCUGAACAAGCGAAAGAAGAAGUGGAUGAAAAUCCUCAAGGUGUCCUCAAUGACAACGAAGGUGCUGCUGAUGUGCAAGAUGAUUUUGAGACCGCUAGAACGGAGACUACCAACACAGUGGAAGCGGAUUCCGAGGCAGUCAUAACUAGUGCGCUAUCCGAAGAUGCAUCUGCGGGUGCUACAUGCGAUCCAAACAGUGGUCACCACUCCGACCAUGAUGACCAACAGCUCGGCAACGGCGAGCUCGAUGAAGAGAUCGAUGAAGGUGAUCAUAUUGAAAUCCACGAUACCAGCGUCCCUGAAGAAAAUCACAAAGAUCAUGAAGAUGACCAUAAGUCUCAUGAUGGCAACUCUGCAAUUCCAGGUGCUGGAGUAGCCUCGAAAGAGCAAAAGCAACAAGAACAAGACGACGCAAACCCAACGGAUGCUCAAGAGCCUGAUUUUGACCUCAACACGACGAUUAUUGGCAAGGAAACCCCCCUUGAACCAGAGGAUGACCUUCUCGGGAUCGCUGAGGAUGUAUUGCAAUCUCCCUCCAAGGAUGGCCAAAACAAGAACCUCGCCAACGCCGAGAAUGUGGAUUCGGAGAACCCCGAUGAAGAACCAACCGGUGCCUUUUUGGAGGAUGAUUUCGACGACCAGCAAUCAACGGAGGAUGAGCUCGACUAUGACCCCGAACUGGAUGUCGCAGAAGGACUGGAGCUUGGCGAAAUCGACACCUCUGUUACUGACUCCCACACUCAUGACACUCUUUCCACCAAACGGUCUCGGGAAGAGGAAGAUGAGUGGGACAUUACGGAAGCUACCACCCCCGAACUCAAGCGCCAGCGUCCUUCGUAA